UGAAUGGCGGCAGGAUACAACAAUACAGAGAAAAGAGUUCGGCUGCUUCUGAUUGGCUGGGAACCCACCUUCCGGGGUUUGAGCCCAACCAGCUAUGUUUCUCCCCGGCAGCGGCCAUGGCCAAAUUUAAUCCAACACGUUGGUAAAAAAUAACGGCCCCCGAAAAACUUCCCCCCGAGUCAUAGUUUUGCAUGCUGGGUGUCGUUGCUUUGGGUGCUGCAGCGCGCUAGUGAUUCUCUUCGAUCAUCAUCCGAAGUACUUUGUUUUUGUGAUAGUGGGGAAAAGGCGAAGUUAUCAUCCGCCGAUGAUGAACUCGUACUUUGAACAGAGCGGUUUCUACAACGGACCUGCGUCCACGGCCGCCGAACCGCAAUCGUAUCGCUAUCCGCAGAGUUUACUUGUCCCGCCGUUCGGCCAGGGCCCUACGCCCCGCAACGCACACGAGGCCGCCCCUUAUGCGGAUGCAAAUGGUGCUACUAAUGCGGCUUGUAAACUAUAUUCAGGUGGUGAGGCAACUUUUAAGGCCGAGUGUUUGGCCAAGGAGGCAAACGGAUUCAGUCAGGCCGUCAAAGACAUGGUAAACUGGCCUGGAGUGGCCGCGAGGGCGGCUAACGAACAGAUGCGUUCAUUUGCAACGGAGAACUCUACGGCCCCUCGUGUCACCGAGGCCUGGCAGCAGUGUUGUCAAAACUCUCCGGCUGUUGCCCAAACUCCUGCCAAUGCAUUUUAUCCAUGGAUGGCUAUUGCAGGUCCAAAUGGAUUGCGAAGAAGAGGUCGCCAAACUUACACUCGAUAUCAGACACUAGAACUGGAAAAAGAAUUCCACACCAACCAUUAUCUCACCCGCCGACGUCGUAUUGAGAUGGCCCAUUCACUUUGUCUCACCGAACGCCAAAUUAAAAUCUGGUUUCAGAAUCGGAGAAUGAAACUCAAGAAAGAGGUCCAAGCCAUUAAGGAGUUAAAUGAACAAGAACGUCAGUCUCAAGCAGCUAAGGCUGCUGCAGCCGCCGCCGCUUCUGCUAUCAACCAUACGACAUCCACUCCAAAUUCCUCCUCCAACAAGAACGUGGACGGCAACGUACCGAUCAAUGCUAGCACCAAAACGUAAGAUCUAAGACAAAUCAGCAUAUUUCAGUUACCAUUUUAAUUUUCAGAAGUUUUUAAAUCCUCAUUCAUGAUUGAAUUGUAUUAUUUUUGAAAAACUUUUCAUUUUUUCCUGUGGACUGAAAGAACUUCAGUUUUAGACUGUUAAACUGCGCUGUAUGUAACAUGGAUACACGUUGUAAAGGUGUAAAUACAGAGUCUCAAAAUGAAGGGAACAUUUUUUUUGUUCAGUUUUUAUUUGUAUGAUGUUCAUGAACAUCGCUAGCGCCACCUACAUUGUAUUUAUUAAAAGAGAUUAUGCAUUUUUCAUAUUUCUCAAGAGACUUGAUCACCAAAGCUCCAUCAUCAACUUAUUUCAGAUUAAGUUAUGUGGCUUUACAUGGGAAUUUUCGAAUGCCAAAUAGAGAGAUUUUUUUUUUUUUUUUUUUUUUUUUUUUUUUUUUUUUUGGAAGAUGUACAUAAUUUUAUCACUCUUAUUUGUUCCAGUGGAAUCUUGCUAACAUUACCUGAAGGCAAGAUUUCAAAUGGAGAAAUGAUCUCCAGUCAGGUUGCCAAAGUUGUUUAUGUGCUGUACUUUAUCUGCUUCGACUUAAUGUUGAAGACUCAUUAUACGUAUUUUUAUGUGUGUGACACAAAGUCAUCGCUGAGUGAGAAUAAAAUCGUAAUCAGUAUUCUGAAUAUAAUUUUUAGUAGAAAGAACGUCGAAUCUAUUUCUUAAGCCAUAUUGAUGAUAUACGUAUUGCUGUAAUUGGGUUCCAUCUUAUCGUCCUUAUAUUGUACACCGUGUGUAAGGUGCAAUCAGGCUGAUGUAUGUUGUAUAAAUUUUGAAUAAAAUGUAUUUAAUCUUC